CACAACUUAUAAACAAAUCGAGUCCCAAUUACUCUGGUAUAAUCUUUGUAUGCUUUCUCUCUCAAAAUCUCUCCUUCUUUCUCUGUCUCUCUCUAUCUUUCCUUCAAUGGAGCUUGUUCAUUCUGCAACAUUUCCAUGUAAACAAAAGCUACUCAUCGCAGUGACCAUUGCUACAUCUCUUUUAACCAUCAUCCCUCUUCUCUACCCUUUGCUUGAAGACCCUAACUUCUUCCUCAAGCAACAACCUCCAAGCCAAAGCAGCAUCAUCAACCUCGAAAACGGUGUUGUAACAUCACAUGACAGCUGCGACAUAUUCUCGGGAGAGUGGGUUCCUAACCCUGAGGCACCUUACUACACCAACACGACGUGCUGGGCGAUACACGAACACCAAAAUUGCAUGAAGUUUGGAAGACCCGACACGGAUUUCAUCAAAUGGAAAUGGAAACCUUACGGGUGCGAAGACGGCUUGCCGGUAUUUGACCCGGUUAGGUUUCUUGAGAUCGUGAGAGGUAAAACCAUGGCGUUUGUUGGUGACUCAGUUAGCAGAAACCACAUGCAGUCUUUGAUCUGCCUUCUUUCUCAGGUUGAAUAUCCGAUGGAUGCUUCGGUUAAGAAUGACGAUUAUUUCAAACGAUGGACAUACGAAACAUACAAUUUCACGAUCGCCGCAUUUUGGACACCACACUUGGUUAAGUCCAAAGAACCCGACCAGACCCAGCCCAAGCAUAUUGAUAUUUUUGACCUAUACCUUGAUGAGGCAGACGAGAGUUGGACAGCCGAUAUAGGAGAUUUUGACUUCGUAAUCAUCUCUUCUGGCCACUGGCAUUACCGGCCAUCAGUCUACUACGAAAACCGGACUAUCACCGGUUGCCAUUAUUGCCAAUUACCGAACAUAACCGAUCUCACAAUGUUUUAUGGGUAUAGAAAAGCUUUUAGAACCGCGUUUAAAGCGAUCUUGGAUUCGGAAAGCUUCAAAGGCGUAAUGUACUUACGAAGUUUUGCACCGUCACAUUUUGAAGGCGGGUUGUGGAAUGAAGGAGGAGAUUGUUUGAGGAAACAACCUUAUAGGAGCAAUGAGACUCAAGACGAAACGACAAUGAAGCUACACAAGAUUCAGUUGGAAGAAUUUUGGAGAGCUGAAGAAGAAGCGAAGAAGAAAGGGAAAAGGUUACGAUUACUAGAUACGACCCAAGCUAUGUGGCUUAGACCCGACGGUCACCCAAGCCGCUACGGCCAUAUUCCAGAGGCCAAUGUCACGUUGUACAACGACUGUGUCCACUGGUGCUUGCCCGGUCCUAUCGACAACCUCAAUGACUUCUUGCUGGCUAUGCUAAAGAGAGAAGAAGACAAAGGAUUCUUGGCGCAAGUUCGAAAAAUGUUGUCCUAAUGACCAAGCUAAAUCAAGUUUUUUGACUUUCUGUCUCCCUCAGGUUUAUUUAUUAUAUUUCAGGAAAUGGUCAAAUGUUGUGCCUAGUUAUUGGAUGACCACGAGCUCACCAUUAUUCACCAUAUAUACAUACAUAUUUAUGACAAGA